AUGGCUGCAUCAGUGUGGUUCCUGGGGGUUUGCGUGCUCGCUCUGGCUCACGUUGCCCCCUCCAACCAAGCUAUGUCCCGGGCUGCCAUGCCAUUCGGGCUGCUACGCAGGGAGCUGGCUUGCGAGGGUUACCCCAUUGAGCUACGCUGCCCAGGAAGUGAUGUGGUGAUGGUAGAGACCGCCAACUAUGGACGCACCGAUGACAAGAUUUGUGACGCAGACCCCUUCCAGAUGGAGAACACACAGUGUUACCUCCCUGAUGCACUAAAGAUUAUGGCCCAGAGGUGUAACAACAGGACUCAGUGUGUGGUGGUUGCUGGGGUUGACGUCUUCCCAGACCCCUGUCCUGGAACAUACAAGUACCUGGAGAUCCAAUAUGAGUGUGUCCCUUAUAAAGUGGACCAAAAAGUUUUCGUCUGUCCUGGCUCACUGCUCAGCAUCCAGCCAGCCUCUUCUCUCCUGGAGGCAGAGCAUCAGUCGGGAGCAUGGUGCAAGGACCCGUUGCAGGCUGGUGACAGGCUGUACGUCAUGCCGUGGACGCCGUAUAGGACAGAGGUGCUUUACGAGUACGCCUCCUGGGACGACUACAGGCAGAACAGAGUCACCACUACCUAUAAGUUGCCUAGCCGUGUGGAUGGUACAGGCUUUGUGGUGUAUGACGGUGCCGUGUUUUACAACAAGGAACGAACGCGCAACCUUGUCAAGUAUGACCUGCGGACACGAAUCAAGAGCGGUGAGGCAGUCGUGGUCAAUGCCAACUACCAUGACACCUCGCCUUACCGCUGGGGAGGGAAGUCAGACAUCGAUCUGGCAGUGGAUGAGAACGGCCUUUGGGUUAUCUACUCCACUGAAGCCAAUAACGGACGCAUCGUGGUCAGCCAGGUGAACCCGUACACCUUGCGCUUCGAGGGUACGUGGGCCACCGGCUUUGACAAACGUGGGGCGAGCAAUGCCUUUAUGGCCUGUGGCGUGCUCUACGCUGUACGCUCCGUCUUCCAGGAUGACGAGGGCCAGGCGGAUGGCCGGGUUGGCAGCGACAUGGUGGUUUAUGCCUACGACACCAGCCGAGGACAAGAGCUGCCGGUUCAAAUACCAUUCCCCAAUCCUUACCAGUACAUCUCCUCCAUAGACUACAACCCCAGAGAUAACCAGCUGUACGUGUGGAAUAACUACUAUGUGCUGAGAUACCCGCUGCAGUUCACACCACCACCUCCCACCAAAGGUCCCCUCUCCUCUCUGAUGACGACCGUCCGCUCCUACACGGCUACUGUUGCAUUGACUCCCGUGAGGCCUUCAGCGUCUCACCCAAUUGGUGUCAUCAACCGAGGGCCCUUUGACCAGAGGCCAAUCACAGCUAUGGUCCCUUUGACCCCACGCCCCCCUCUGCGCGUCCCCUUGGCCCCUGGGGGCCCCGGUCAAGUGGGCGGAUGUGAGGGACGGGUGGCUCGAGGGGUACAGUGGCCCCCCACCCUGAAGGGAGAGACAGUGGAGAGGCCAUGCCCUAAAGGGUCACUGGGUAUCGCCUCCUAUCAGUGCAUGUCAGCUCCAGUGGGCUGGAGCUCCAGAGGGCCUGACCUUUCCAACUGCACCUCUCCCUGGGUCAGCCAAAUUGCACAGAAGAUUAAAAGCGGAGAGAACGCCGCCAACAUUGCCGGAGAGUUGGUCAACCUGACCCGGGGGCGGAUCUAUGCUGGUGAUGUCAGCAUGUCCGUCAAACUAAUUGAACAACUAUUGGACAUCCUGGACUCCCAGCUCCAAGCCUUGAGACCAGCCAAUAAAGAGUCUGCAGCACGCAAUUACAACAAGCUGCAGAAGAGGGAACGCACAUGCAGGGCUUAUGUUCAGGCGGUUGUACAAACAGUCGACAACCUGCUGGGACCUGAGGCUUUGGUGUCCUGGGCUGAUAUGAGUGGUGUUGACCAGUCACGCUCGGCAUCACUGCUGUUAGACGCGGUAGAGAAAGGAGCGUUUCUGUUAGCGAACAACCUCUACGAAGGCCGUUUCAGUGACAGAGCACCAAAUGUUGAUCUGGAGGUGUAUGUGUUAAAUACAGAGGCGGACAUACAGGACCUGACGUUCCCUCACUCUUACGACAGCGACAGCAUCCUGCAGAUCUCAGCUGUGGCUCUGCAACAAUACAGCAACAAUGGCCAGGUGAAGCUGGUCCUCUCUCUCUAUAAGAAUUUGGGCUCCUUCCUGACCACCCAGAACUCCACUCUGCGGCUCGGACUGGGGCUAGGCCAGGGCUCAGAGGUUAGGCGUAGGACCCUGGUAGUCAAUUCCCAUGUCAUCUCUGCUUCUGUGCACAGAGGCUCCAACAGAGUGUAUCUCUCUGAGCCGGUCAUCUUCACUCUCAGGCACCUACAGCUAGAGAACCACUUUGGCCCCAACUGCUCUUUCUGGAAUGCAUCAGGGGUGUCUGGUAGUGGCAGGUGGUCCACACAGGGCUGCCGUGUGUUACACACCAACAAUACACACACUACAUGUGCCUGCAACCACCUGUCCAGCUAUGCUGUGCUCAUGACGUACCAGCAACCAGCUUCUGGUGUUGGCGUAGAAGAGCUUCUGGUCUAUGUGGUUUCCUGGGUCGGCAUCUCUGUAGCGCUGGUGUGUUUGGCCACCUGUCUUACCACACUGUGCUGCCAGGGGGCGCCCUGGCACACAGACCACAGCACCAUCCACUGCAACCUGUGGGCCAACCUGCUCAUCACUGAGCUGCUCUUCCUUGUUGGUGCCAACAAGACUCAAUACACAGUUGUGUGUUCCAUCAUUGCUGGCCUGCUACACUUCUCCUUGCUCUCAGUGUUUUGCUGGUUGUGUCUGGAGGGAGUGGAGCUUUACCUGCUGCAGCGGGAAGUUUUUGAAGGACGUAACUCCAGGAGGAAGUAUUUCUACCUGUGUGGCUACUCUAUCCCUGGGCUGGUGGUGGCUGUGUCUGCAGCCAUAGACUUCAGAGGCUACGGCUCAAAAACUGCAUGCUGGCUACGAACAGACAAUUACUUCAUCUGGAGUUUCCUUGGACCUAUAGCUGUCAUAAUUACGCUGAACCUGGUUGUCUUGGUGAUGACCUUACAUAAGAUGCACAGCACUGCUGCUUUGAAGCCAGACUCCAGUCGCCAUGACAACCUGAGAGCAUGGGCAGUGGGCUCGCUGACACUGCUGUUCCUGCAGAGUGUCAACUGGUCCUCGGGCCUGAUGUUCCUGUCUGCUCCGUCUCUCCUUCUGGCGUAUCUCUUCUCUUCCCUUAACACAGCCCAAGGCCUCCUCAUCACCAUACUGCAUUGCACCCUCGCCAGGAAGGGCCAGAAAGACUAUGGCCGAUGCCUGCGUCUUUCGCAGUGCUGUGCAACCUCCUCAUCCAGCUCUCCGGACUCGGUGAAGGGUGCUGCGCUGCGGUCCAACAGCCGCUACACCAGUAGCCAGAGUCGGAGGGCCACGGCUAACAGACAGAGUCGUAUCAGGAGGAUGUGGAAUGACACUGUUCGCAGACAGACUGAAUCAUCUUUCAUUGCUGCAGAUGUUAACAACACCCCCACUCUUAACCGAGCCACUUUGGGGAACCAUUUCCUUACCAAUCAAGUGUUGCAGACCCAUGCAGGAGCCUCUCCUUAUGAUACAAUGCUGGCCCAGGGAUACAAUCAACCCUUCACCUCCACAGUAGGAACCUUCAGAAACAAGAAGGUUGGUGUAUCCCAGAGCCAGGAGUCGUGUGGGCUGGACAGUGUGUGUCUCAAUGGAGGCUACACUCCUAACACCUUCACCCUGCAUGGCCUAGGGGCCACGCCUGGGUCCCGAGCUGGAGUGGUAGGCAGCACUGACCUUCUGAGGGAAGGAGGGGUUGGGAUAGGAGCGGAUGACAUUUCUCCAGCUCUCCUUACCCCCCAUGGCACCACAGAUCUGGGCAGUGCCGUUGGAAUGCGCUGUAACCUGACUGACGCAGCAGCGCUUGAAAAGAUGAUCAUCUCAGAGCUGGUGCAGAGCAACCUGAGGCCAUCGGUCGCCAUGCCUGUUCCUCCUGAGCGCUACGGAAGCUUGGCGAGGCCUCACCACCACGACAGAGCAGCUCUCACUCACACUGCCACACUAACUCGACAUGCACAGCAAUCCCAGGACGGCUGGGCUGCCACCAUGCAGCCGAACUCACGCCACAACGCCCAAGACGGCUGGGCGCACACGAGGCACCACACACAGGAUGCUGAGACACAUUCCAUAACACAUGGACCAGAUCACGCCACCACGCCACGCUUACAAGAUGGCUGGUCACACUCACGUGUUCCUGGAGAUUCUGAGUCCCGUGAACUGCUUAAAGAUGGGGAGAGAUCGCAGCUGCAAGGCACUCUGGGUCGUCGAGGACUCCAGGACAGGCAGCAAGCACGUCCCCCUGAUGUUCAAGCUCGACCCUACUCCACCCUCAGCCGCACCCCUGGUACUCUGUCCCGCCACCGCAGCACAGUGGAGUCGAGCCAGACAGAAAGAGACAGGGAGAGAGACCGGGAUCGUUACCGGGACAGACCACUCCCGCCUCCUCCUCCCCCUCCCCCACAGGAGUCUGAGCCACUGUACAAGGCUCUGGAGGAGCCGCUGCUGAUGAAACAGAGGGAGGCAGGUGUAGAGUCAUGGAGAGGUGGCCAGGACAGAGACAAAGACGAGACAUUUCUCUUGAAAAGAGACGUAAUGAUGGACGAAUGGAGGGGAGGUGCAGACAGAGCAAGGGACGAGUCUUUUACCUCUCAGAAGAGAGAUGGAGAGAUGGACGAGUGGAGAGGUGGAAUGGAGAGAGGGAGGGAGGAACCUCUUCUGCUGGAGAAGAGAGAUGGGAGGAUGGAGGUGUGGCGAGGAGGAGCGGAGACAGAGCAGGAAGAGACUUUUAUAACUCAGAAGAAAGAUUUUGGGAUUGACGGAUGGAGGGGCGGGAAGGAGAGAGAGAAGGAAGAAUCCUUGUUUUUAAAUGACAGGGAUGGUUGGAGAGCAGGGAUUGAACGAGAGAAUGAGAAACAGAAGGAUAGAGCGCUGGAUGUGUGGAGAGGGGGGAUGGAUAUAGACAGGGAGGAAUCUUUCCUGUUUGAGAGCAAAGAUGGCGGUUUAGACGGGAGGAAAAGAGGAAAAGAUAGAGGGUCUCUUCGGUAUCAUGGUGAACGAGAGGAUUCUGACAGCUUUGCUCUGCCUUUGACCCCUGACCUUGACCUUGACCCUGACUCCUCACCUAUCUACGCCCGAGAUUCAAACCCUUCCCCGCUCUACCCUGGAGAACGACGCUCACCACCUCUUAGCAUCUUCCCCCGAAGCUCUCCUCCUACAAAUAUCUUCGCUCCACGUGACACCAACUCGCCUCCCAACAAUCUGUACUCCCGUCACUCCCCGCAGGUGUACAGCCGAAGCAGCUCCCCUCCUCGCUUCUACACCCGCACCUCCCCUCCGACCCUCUCUUACCCAGACAGCAGCCCUGAAGGUCAAGAGGAGGUUAGCCCCACUGGCCAGGCCCAGCGGCCUGCCCUGGAGCUGCCCUACAGCCUGGGGAGACCUCCACUGGGCCCACGGCCCAAUCACCUGCAGACCUUCUACCAGCCGCCACCAAUGGCAUCCAAUGGAGAAGCAGCAUACACAUCAGAGCCCACCUCUGAGGGAGACGACGGACAGAUGCAGCGAGUGACGAGCCUGUGA